AUGCUUUCUUUCUGGAUAGGCUAUGGUAGCAAUAAUAUUGGUGGCCAUGGUGAAAGCCAAUCCAACUUAGCCUGGCAGCUGCCGUCAAUCAUCCAAGGUAUACCGGCUGCAUGCCUUGCGCUUGGCAUAUGGUGGCUGCCGUUCUCCCCUCGAUGGCUCGUUAAACAAGGUCGCGACGAGAAAGCACUUCAGACACUCGCAUACUUGCGCAAACUACCCGUCGAUGACGCAUUGAUUCAAGCCGAGUACAAGGAAAUCAAGGCUGAGUGCCUGUUCGAGGAGCGAGCGUUUGCAAAGGCUUUUCCCACUCUUCAUGCUAGAGAAACACAGAGCGUUUGGGUGCGGGAGUUUGCGCAAUACUGGAACAUUGUCAGGACUUGGGACAACUUUAAGCGCGUGGCGACAGCAUGGCUCGUUAUGUUCUUUCAGCAAUGGUCUGGUAUUGAUGCUAUUAUCUACUAUGCAUCGAACGUUUUCGUGAACAAUUUCGCAGUCGCAUUUUUCGUUCCACCAAUGUUCGAAGCAUGGGAAUGGGGCACCUACAUCUUCUUUGCUGUUUUCCUCGCUGGUGGCAUCGUGUGGGUAUAUUUCUGUCUUCCUGAAACCAAGGGGGCUACACUUGAGGAGAUGGACCGUGUUUUCAAGAGUCACUCGGGCGAGGCAGACGCCAUUAUGCUGGCUGAAGCAAGAAGAGAUGUUGGUCUUAACCCUGAGCCCGAAACUGUCAACGACAAAGUAGCUCUGGACAAUGGAAGGACGAGUCAAUCACAGAAGUCUCAUAUUGAGGAAGUCUAG